GAGAGGGCCUGAGCGCCGCCUGGCCCUGCCUCGUAUGUUAGGAAGGGACUUCCCCUCCCCAGCUGUGGCUGGACUGCAGCUCCCAUCGGCCCGGACACCGAGCAGAGUGUGGCUCGGAGCUUGCUCUUUGCAUCCCCGCAGAGAUGGGUGGCACGGCCUUGCCUCUGGCUCAGGUAAAGGCUUUGCCAGCCAGUGUGCGAACGGGGAGACAUAGCAUCCCAGCUGCUCCCUGACCUGGUGGGUCACAUCUGGGCCAUCUUUGGGGGUGGGUAGCCUUCAGAGUGGCAGAGCCAGUGAGUCACCGCUUCUUGGUCUCUAACAAAUUGCUGCCUUGGUGGGUGGAACAACGUGGACGGAGGCCGCUGAGGGAGGCAGGCAGGCAGGCAGGCAGCUGGAAGCUCUGAGACCAGGGCUUCUGCCUGCACUGUGGAAAUGCAGCCCCCAGAAAAGGGGCACCACACUGGAGCCGGCUGCUUCGCCCAGGGCCCUUCAGGCCAUGAAGGCUGUUCGGUGCUGGAGAGCCUUCCCGAGGGAGGGAGGGAGGCGGCCCCCAGUAACCAAAGCUGGAGGCCCAGGGCUGGGACUGGAAAGGGGCUUCCUUUGUUCCCACUCUGGCACGAGGGGUCUUGCUUUGCAUCCCAAACCCGGGGAGACCAAAGAGAAAGGGUGGCAUGGCUCCUUAAGCUUUGGGGAUUGCGGGAGAUGCCCCCCCAACAUUCCCCUGGGGCCCCAGGUGAUGGGGUGAGGGUGGACUGAUGGAAGUGCAACAGGCAGGAUGCCCCCUGCCCAGCGACCCUCUGUGUUCUGGUUCCAGGCUCUUCAAGGAGAUCAAGGAAGGGUGGAUUCCUGCAGCUCACUUUGCUUGGAGACCCAGGGCAGGAGGAGGAUGCGCUUUGGGGGGAGGACAAAGGUUCUCAGAGUGGCGGCUCCCCCCUCGAGAGGCACAAUGCUGCAGCAGGAAGCCCCUUUGGCAGGGCAUGAGGCCGGGUCCUCGACAGUGGCCAGCCCCACUGGCUGCCUUGAGCUGGGCACUUGGCACUCGGAUCCCUGGGACCUGUCUGCCCGCGUGACCUGCCUUUCUCCGAUGGGUGAAGCUGCCUGGGUCCUGCUCAGUCUUCCCUGCUGACUUUCUUCCUGGGCCCCCGUGGGAAGCAGGCGCCCUGAUUGUGGGGCUUUGCGCUGCCUGCUGCCAAGAUGUCUCUGGAGGGGCUGAUGUGCUGGAGCGGGUCGCUUGACCGGCUGAGGGAGCUGAUCGGCUCCGCCAUCCAGUCCGUGCGGGACUGCGAUACCCCUGCCCUCAGCACGGUGGCCGUCCUGCUGGCCCUGUUCAUCUGGUACUGCUACCACGUGGGGCGGGAGCAGCAGCCCCGGCCCUAUGUCACGGUGAACUCGCUUAUCCAGGGGGGCGUGGAGGCUGCCGGCCUACAGAACGGCUACACCCGCUGCUACGCUUCCGAGUGCGUCCGCUGCGCCCACAGCGAUGGGCUGAACCAGAAGCUCUACCACAACCUCCAGGAGUACGCCAAGCGGUACUCCUGGUCGGGCAUGGGCCGGAUCCACAAGGGCAUCCGCGAGCAGGGCCGCUACCUGGGCAGCCGCCCGUCCAUCCAGAAGCCUGAAGUCUUCUUCCUGCCCGACUUGCCCACCGCCCCGUACUUCUCCCGGGAGGCGCAGAAGCACGAUGUGGAGCUGCUGGAGCGCAACUUCCAGACCAUCCUGUGUGAGUUCGACACUCUCUACAAAGCCUUUUCCAACUGCAGCUUGCCGCAGGGGUGGAAGGUCAACAGCACCCCCAGCGGCGAAUGGCUGACCUUCUACCUGGUCAACCAGGGCACCUGCGUGCCCCGGAACUGUCGGAAGUGCCCGCGGACGUACCGCUUGCUGGGAAGCCUCCGCACCUGCGUGGGCAACAACGUCUUCGGCAACGCCUGCAUCUCUGUGCUGACCCCUGGCACCGUAAUCGCCGAGCACUACGGGCCGACCAACAUCCGCGUGCGCUGCCACCUGGGUUUGAAGACCCCCAGCAGUUGUGAGCUAGUGGUGGGGGGCGAGCCCCAGUGCUGGGCCGAAGGGCGCUGCCUGCUUUUUGACGACUCCUUCCUGCACACAGCCCACCACGGAGGCUCCCCUGAGGAAGGUCCCCGUGCGGUGUUCAUGGUAGACCUCUGGCACCCCAACGUUGCUGCAGCCGAGCGCCAGGCUCUUGACUUUAUCUUUGCUCCUGGACGAUGACAUGGUGCUGCUGGAUGCAGGAGGCACAUCUGGAGCGGGUCCCGUCUCAGCAGAGGUGGCCUCCCCUGGUGUGCGUGCCUGUGUAACACAGGCACACGCAUAGCUGAGGUGGGGUUCUCCCCUUGCACCAGACUUUUGUACCCAGGCCUUUUCAUCUUGCACCCUCCUCCCUCUGUCAUUUUGCUUGGGGUGGAGCUCCCCCCUUUUUACCCUGUGGUUAGGCAAAAUGCUGCCGUAGUGUAUGUCCACCUUGCUAUUUGUGUGUUGCUGUGUCCAGAACUUUGAAUCUGCCAGUCCCUGGAGGUGUUGAUGAACGUAGUUGUGCCAACCUCUCUUGUGAUCAUCCUUAAAGGGCAAACCACCCGUGGAAGGGGAGGCAUCAUCCUUGCUGCAGUUUCAGAAGCCCCGGAGGGCCCGCACAGGCCUGACCCAUUUUCUCAUUGCUGCCUGGGACAGGACCCCCACCCUUCCCCAUGGCAGAGGCGAGCGAAAGCAAAACGAGGCAGCCAAAGAGCGCUUGGGGUGCUGGUGGCUGAGAUGGUCCCCCUUUUCCCUAGCUUUGCGUUGGCCUGCUCUGUGCCUUGUUUCCUUUGCCCCUGCAUGGACCAGGGCAGGCAUCCUUCGGGCACUGGUGGGAAGGGGCUGCCCUGAGCAACCCCUGCAGAGGGACAAGCGGGAGACGGGAGGAAGGGGCUUUUUGUGGCCACCCUCCUGGGGGCAGAACCUGAAGGCGAGCCAGCCCCAACUGAGCAGCUAUGCUGCUCUUCAUAUGUGGGCAUUUGAGGGGCAAAGUCAGCCCUGUGGGACUCUUUGCGCCCCACCUACAGGCAUGGGGGACUGGCAGCCCUGUGGCUUGGUCAGGCUGAUGCCAAGCAGACUUUUCAAUAAAACACCUGUGCUCAGUUCAAGGUUUUGGGUGUUUUUUUUGGCUUAUGGUGGUCAUGGCAAGACUUAGUGGUCAGAGGGGAAGGCUUGGAAGGUCUUGGUCCUAAAACAGGCAACCUUCUUUUCCUCGCAGGCAGAGGGUCAGGUUCAACUGCACAGGGCCAGAAAGAGGUUGGGGAAGCCCUGGCUGGCAAAAGUCUCCUCUGUGCUGGGAUCCAGGACAAAGGAAUCCAGUUGAUUCUCUAGGCAAGGGCUCAUAGAAGCAAAUGCCCUGGGGGUGUUUUAGACCACAGGUCCCUGAGAUCCCUUGCCAGGCUGCAGCUGACAGGUGCUGGAUUCAAAAUGGGAAGAGAGCAUCCAGGGGUACCCCCUUUGCAUAACUCUAGGACCCCCAGACCAGGAGAUGCACUAGAGACCAGUAAACAGCACAUCGCUUUGCUGGAAUUUGCAGUUGGGAUCCGGUAGCCUAAUGAUUCUUCCCCUUCUGAGAACUUCCAUGCCCUCUUGGAAACACACCACUUUUUUGCUGUAGGACUUGACCCAGCGGGGCUCACCUAUUUUUACCAACUUCUGGGACAAAAACAGGCAAGUCGGUGAAUCAACCCCAGAAAUCAGGGUGUCGAGGGCCAGCAGAACGGAAGCGGUGCAAAACACGUGUCCGGGACUAGUUCCCUUCCGCGCUGGGGACAGCUCCAGCACACGUUGUGUCGCUGGCUGGUGCUGACAGACGGCUGGCACAGACGGCGGCCAAGGCUUCUCUGCGGCAACUGCGAGCGCAGAGGGUAUUUUCAUUUGGUGCCUCUGUUGCUACGCAAACACUCCUGCCUGGCUGAAAACACAGCUGCCCACG